GGGAGGUGGGCGGACUUACUGAGCGGUCGGGUCCACUGCAAGAAGCGCAGGGGAGGGGAAGCGGAGCCGGCCGCGACCACGCGCCCCCGAAUGGCGGGGGGAGAUGCGCAGCCUCCGGCCCAGACCACUGCACCCGACCGCGGGGGGUGAUGCGCGGGGGCUCCUCUUUGGAGCGCGCCGGGGUCGGUUGGAGUCCGGCAUGGCCCGGAGCCAGGCGGCACUGCUACUGCCGUCUCUGAUGCUCCUGCAGCUGGUGACCCCUGCCCAGGUCUCCCCCGACUACCAGUACUUCGGCCAGCAGGGCGAAGGGGACACCUGGGAGCAGCUGCGGCUGCAGCAUCAGGAGAAAGAAUUGGAAGACUCUGUCCUUGGCCCUUGGGGAAAGUGGCGCUGUUUCUGCGACCUGGGCAAGCAGGAGCGCAGCCGCGAGGUUGUGGGCACGUCGCCGGGCCCGGUGUUCAUGGACCGCGAGAAUCUGGUGCAGGUGCGACCCUGCCGGCAACGGGAUUGUUCAUCCUGCGAGCCGAACGACUGCGACUGGAGGCUCUGAGCCCGGCCGCGGCGGGAGGAGCUCCAGAGACACCGGGGCGGAGCUUGGAAAGCGACGCCGCCCAACCGGUUCCCCAAACGCGGAGCUCGCUGGUCAACCUCGGAAACUACAAUUCCCAGGAAGCCGCACGACAGCGGCGUCGGCG